UGAAAUGGCACAUUAACUUUGGUCCGAAGUAAAUAAGUAUGUAAGCACCAGCAGAAGAGAAGAGGCGUCAAAAUGACGAGUUGAUUAGCCUUCUAUCCGUCUAUUUGUCUAUUUGUCUAUUUGUACGCAAACUUUUUUUGAGAUAUUUCAACUCAACUUAGUACACAGUGCACUGGUACAUUUGUCGGAAAAGGCCAGAUCGGAUCACUCUGACUUAAGGUUGCUGGUCAAAAAUCCAUCGAAAGAGAAUCCGAGAGCAAGAAAUGUGGUAAUCUACUUAUCAUCGUCGAAAUCGAAUGACUACAUUCUAUAGCCACCAUACAAUCGACUGGUUCAGACCCGUGGUUAUGGGUAAAAAAUUCGUCAAAAAAGCAACUAAGAAUAUGAAAUUUAGUAUUUUACACAUAUACCAUAAACUCCAAAUUGGUACUGAAGUUCAUCGCAUUCGGAGGACUAUAUCUUAUAGCUCCCAUACAGCCGAUUUGUUCAGAUAGGAGGUUUUGGACUAAAAAUCAUUCCAAAAAGCGUCUAAAAACAAGAAAUUUGGUGCGUUUAAUCUUAAAUUUUAAUACAUCCAUUCUAUUUGGUCUAUAAAUACCUCGCAUUGGCCGAAGACAGCUCUUUUUUGUUAUAUUUUUAACGAAAUAUUUGGUGUAGUAAAAAGAAAUCCAUUGUUUUUCCAAUAGAUGGCGAGAUUUGUCUGUAACUCGCGUUGCAUAAGUCCGAUCGGGUUCCGUUAGAUGACGUUAGAAAGAUGACAUUUCGUACUAGAAGAGCUUUUCUGACAGUUUUUUGAUUGGUUGAUUCAGUUUUGUUUGAAAGUUCGUCAAAGAUAGACCAUAGCAAAGGGAAAUCACGUUAUAUUUUGCAGUUUUUCUUCGCUCAGGGUGAAAACGCAAGCUAAGCGAUUGAAAAUUAAUUACAAUACAAGAACAAUAACAACGACAAUAUGGCUGCAUCUGUACUCUUUGCUUGCGGCUUGAAUGAGCAAAAACUGCCAAAAUUCGUACACAUCAGCGAAGAGGCGAACAUCGAUGGCAGCUUUCUUUUCAGCUGCAUACUUGGCCAAAGGCUACGCAUCUCUAACGCCGGCACUGUGUUGGUCUGCCUCCAGCAAAAUUAUCAACAUUACUUCCAUGCCGGCAUGCGCCUUGGUUAUAAUGUUAAUAUUUUCCUUGACAAAACUCUCAAUGUGAUCGAUCCACUAACGGAUAUGGCACGGAAGGGUAUGAAAUCCAAGUGGUUGAGAGAUGAACGUCUCGUCACUAAGUACAUAUUGGACGACAUACGCAAUUAUGUGUCCGCAUCCGCCGAGCAACGUAUCAGCACCACCAUAUUGGUCGAUAAUUUGGCGAUUUUAUUGAAUUUGGGCGCCACCAAAGAGGAAAUACUCCAACUAUGCUAUGAACUCGCCGAAUUGCCAAAACAAUAUGAAAAUUUAACGGUAAUCACAAAAAUCAGCAACUGUGAUUUGAAUGAGGCGAUCGAUAAUAAUGUGGCUAAGUUGGGCACACUGCGUAUACGCGCCGCCCAAUUGAAGAGUGGCGCAUCGCGCGAUGUGGACGGUAAAUUAUUGAUAGAGCGUGAGGUGUUGAAUAAUGCUGUGAAGCAGGAGGAUAAUGAGGAGGCAGUGCAGCAGAAUGGCGGCUAUGAACUGGAACAAGUGCGCAAAGAAGUACUCUACAAGGUCAACGAGAGGAGUAUAAAGAUUAUAAGCCCCGGUGAAUUGGGUGUCAAAGUUUGAGAAACAUCAGCUGAGAUUACGCAAAAAAAGUGCUAUAUUUGUGUAUCAUCUUGCUUUUAAAUUAGUUUUCUUUUUUUUUAUAAUUACGCCAAACAAUUUGUUUAUUACGAAAGAUUUAAUUA